AUGCUGCGACCCGUUCCGUCGCUCGCCUCCCUCCUGGACGACGGCGACGCUCGCAAGCGACGCAUCGCGCGCCUCAGCCACGAGCGCGAACUCGCGCGCGACGCCGAGGUGUACCGCGGCGAACUCGCCCGUCAGCUCGCGCGUCUCGACCGGCGACUCGAGCGCAUCCGAGGAGCCUUCUCCUCGCAUCCCGUUUGGGCGCCGGCGCAAACAAAGGCGGCACAAACAGGAGGGUCCGCCGCCGGCGCGAGCAAAGUCGACGCGAAGGAGCGGGCUCGCGCGCGAAUGGCCGCGCGAUACGCCGCGCUCGUGACGAGCGGCGGCGCCAACGUGAACGUGAAUGUGACAUGAUCAUUGAUGAAAAC